AUGAAGAAGUAUCUGAGUGGCUCGAUCGUCGACCUCACGCAAGCAGAAGAAAGGUCGUACGGCAAGGUCGCUGCCGACUAUGAGGUGGACGAACAGGAUCUACUCUUCUACUGCCCUCCCACGGCGCGAUCAGGAGAUGAUCGCGAUCGGUUGCUGAGAUUGGCAGUUCCCGAAACGCUACAAUCGGACGUCUUACAUCACUAUCACACUACGCUGGAAGGAGGACAUCAGGGAGUGGGACGUACCUACCAGCGGAUCAGGGACCGCUUCCACUGGAGAGAAUGA